AUGGCAGAAGCCGAUGAUGUCGAGUUUUCAGACACCCCGUAUGCAGCGUCAUUUGCGCUAUUCAAUCAGGCCAAGCCAGAAGAUCCUGUCGUAAAAACUGAGCCUGCUGCAGCAAAGCAGCAGCUCACACCGCUCGAGGACGAUUCACGACAACAUGCAACGACAAAUAUUGCAGCCGCACCCACUGAGUUUGCGGUCACUGAACGGGCUCUAGAAGAAGCAUCUGAAAUUAAUAAAGGCCCCGAUACUGCGCUAGCCGAUGUUGUUCAGCAGACGCUGGCGAAGAUUCAAGCCGCCAAGGAGAUUCCCUUAGAAAAAGAACAGGAGUGGCAAGCCUUGCUAAUGGAGAUUAUUGAGCCAAUGCGCUCAAUACAGUCACAGUGGAGGCUACUGGAGAAAGAGUACAGAUCUUUAAUAAAACCCCCUCAGGCCGCCCAACCCUCUUCAUCUGCGGGCUAUACAGCAUAUGCCGGCCGUGGUAGAGGUCGUGGGCGCGGCCGUGGGCGCGGGCGGUAUCGCGGGCGGCCUUAG